GGUGGUAUUUGGGGAACAAUUUACCAGAUUGGGUGCUUCUUUUGCGAAUGGAUAGAUGUCGCGACGCGCCAACACCUGAUUUUGACAUUUGACAACCGAAAGGUUGGGGGCCUCAGAAAACAAAUAAUUAAUUAAUAAUUUCGAUCGAUUGAAAACUGUGACCCGAUGCCACUAGUGACCCUUGUCCUCUCCACAUAUAUGCUAAUCUCACAUCCUAAUUUGAAACAGGAUUUGGUGUUACCGUUCGUUGUGGUUUCACCGUUAAAAUCUUCAAUUAAUAAUUAAUGGGAUACGCUCCAAUUAUAGCGCACAAAAGAGCCGUUGCUUCUUUGAAAAUUGACAAAAUUUGAAGUUUGAACGAAAAAUUGUAAUUCCCCAGUCUCGUAAUUACCCAAUACCUGUCCUGAGUCAGCCCGUUGGACCCACUCAACUUAUCUCCUUCGCGUGUUCGUCGGAAAUAGAGAAAGUCAUGUCCGAGAAAGUCGCUUAGUUAGAGCUAAACAGCACAAGCGUCAACAUUUUUUAAUGUUUUUAAUCCAUGUUUUUGUUAAUUGGCUGUGGGAUAAUCAUCAUCGUCACAAUUGUGGCGAUAUGGCGCUCAAAAAAGCCCCUAAAAACGAUCUUAGCUGAGGCAAAAUACGAGCUACUGUAUAAUGCAGUGGGAUCCAGGGCCAUCCUCGAGGAUGUGUUCAUGCGGAGUAAAAACAAGACGGAUUUGCCGAUUUUGUCCGGGAAAGUGGCCGUAAUAACAGGGGGUGCCAGAGGAAUAGGGGCCGAGGUCGUAAAAAUGCUACUUCGGUGUGACAUUCACGUUAUCAUCGGUUGCAGGAAUACUCAAGCGGGGGAACAAGUGUUACAAAAGUGCAGGGACAGCGGGGUGACUACGGGGGACGUCACCGUUUACAAACUGGACAUAAGUGUGUUAGAUUCUGUUAAAAGUUUUGCCAAAGUUGUGGCCGAAAAACACCCAAAAAUUAAUUAUUUAAUUAACAAUGCGGGGAUAAUGUUUGGUCCGUAUAUUGAGAGUCGAGAUGGUUACGAGUCGCAGUUUUCCACAAAUUACUUGGGUCACUUUCUUUUGACCCAUUUGUUGCUCCCGCAACUGUGCGCUGCAGGAACCCAAAAUUUGAAAUCGCGAAUAGUCAACGUAUCGUCAUGUGCCCAUCUAGUUGGAGAAAUCAAAUUUGAAGAUAUUAACAAUCGGCAUCAGUACAUUUCCGGCGAAGCAUACGCGCAAUCAAAGCUGGCACAAGUGCUCUUUACUAAUUAUUUGGAAAGUGUCUGCAAGAAGGAGAAUAUGCCGGUGCAGCUACACUCCGUCCAUCCCGGCAUAGUGAACACAGAGCUGUUUGAUGGCACACAUUUGAAGAAUUUAGCCCCUUGGGUGCCGUCUUUGAUGUUUAAGACACCCGAACAAGGCGCAAUUCCAAUCGUCCACGCCUGUCUCUCCCCGCACUUGGAGGGCAAAGGCGGGACUUACAUCCACAAUUGUCGGAUUUUUUCGACGAGCGAGAACGCCAAAAGCGAGGACUUACAAGAGAAACUCUUCAACUUCACCAAAGAUUUGCUCAAAAUCGAGGACUUCGGGCAGCCGCACAACAACAAUAAUUAAAGACUUGAAAAGUGUAUAGUUUUAUUGUGUUAAUGAUUUUGUUGCUUUUACAUGAUUAUUCUUUGGCUUAUUACUAAAAACAUGUAAAUAAAUAAUCUCUUACGAA